GCUUCAGAUUAGUGUCCUGGAAAGCCGAACGCACUGACUGUUUCCCCUCCCCCACCAGGUGAAUCAUCUCCGCUGCCUGCAUGAGUUUGCCGAGGCCCAGGCCACGUACUACGCUCAGUGUUACCAGUACAUGGUCGACCUGCAGAAACAGCUGGGCAGUUCCAGAAGUGAGGGGUUCCCCGCCACGCUUGUUGUGAAUGCAGAUUCUACCCCUCCGCCUCUCAGUACCUCUCCACCACCCGCUACGCUUCCCGUGCUCCAGGCCGUCAGUCCCAAUCCAGGGGACGGGACGCUGAACGCUAUCGAUGUGAAGCCCCCUUCAAGCGGCACCAGGAAAGCUCGAGUUCUCUACGAUUACGAAGCUGCAGACAGCACCGAGCUGACACUCGCGGCGGACGAGCUAAUCACCGUGUACAGUCUCCCCGGUAUGGAUCCAGACUGGCUGGUGGGUGAGAGGGGAAACAAGAAGGGUAAAGUACCAGUUACUUACCUGGAGCUCCUUAGCUAGACCCGACUCCACCAGGACAGCAAACUUCUCAAACAAGCCAAUGUCUCCGGAGGGCUGAUUGUUUGCUAGAUGCUGCUGCUUCGUUUGGUUUUCUUCCUGUCUUACAGACUGAAGCUGCACACGUCACCCCUUAUUUCUCGCAAGUUGCCCUUUUUUUUUUUAUUGAAUGUUACCCUUACGUUGCAGGAUGGGUCUUUGGCGUUUUUGCCGGCCUCUCCUGCACCUAAGGCGUUGCGUUUCUCCUGUU